AUGGAUACAUCUUCUUCUCCAUAUGCACUCAUCUUUGCAUGUUUGCUAUGCACAAUGAUGUUCGACGCCGGAACUUGCAACUUCAAUAAUCGUUGCAGCAAAAAAGAUACACAAACUCUCUUAAACUUCAAGAAAGGAGUCAUGGAUCCAUCAGGCGUACUUUCUUCAUGGUCCACUCAACAAGAUUGUUGUGAAUGGAGAGGAGUUAAGUGUGACAGAAUCAACAGUAGAGUCACUCGGCUCAGUCUCCCAUGUUUUACAAGUAUUCCUAAUUACAUUGACAAAGAAGAUAAAUCACACUGCCUCACAGGUACCUUUUCCCUUUCCCUGUUAAUGGAGUUGGAAUUUCUAAACUACUUGGAUUUGAGAAAUAACGACUUCUUGGCGAUCCAGUUUGAUUCUGUGCAUAAUCAGAAUUAUUAUAACCUAUCUGUAUCUAUCCGUCCUCCGCAAUAUCUCAACUCAUCAACUCUUCGUUAUCUUGAUCUGUCCCUUAACGAUAAUCUUGUUAUAAAUAGUCUUCAAUUUCUUUUUCGCAUGUCCUCCUUGGAAUAUCUUUACAUCAGUGGCGUUGAUCUUCACAAGGAAACUAACUGGCUUCAAAUAGUCACUAUGCUACCAUCGCUUUCAGUGCUCCGCAUGAGUUAUUGCCAACUUAAAGAUUUGAAUCCAUCUCUUCAACAUGCUAAUUUUACUGCACUCAAAAUUCUUCAUCUAUCAGGAAAUAAAUUUCACUCAGAGUUGCCUAAAUGGUUAUUUAACAUUAGUUGUGGUCUUUCUGGUAUUUUUCUUAGUUCAUGCUCUUUAACAGGACAACUUCCUAAGGCAUUGUUAAAUCUUCAACAUUUGGAAGACCUGGAUUUGGAAAACAAUGACCUCAAUGGAUCAAUACCAGAUUGGAUAGGUGAACUUGACCAUCUACAAUAUCUUUUUGUCGACGGUAACAUGUUUUCUGGAUUUAUUCCCAAAAGUUUGGGAAAUCUAUCAUCCUUAACUUCCUUGUCCGUUGGCGACAAUCAAUUCACAGGAGUUGUGUCAGAGAGAAAUUUUGCCAAAAUGUCAAAAUUAAAGAACUUGGAUAUAUACUCUUCACCACCAUUAAUCUUUGAUUUUGACUCCCACUGGAUUCCACCUUUUCAACUUGAGAACCUAUGGCUCUCAUUUUCAGGUCCUCACCUCCCUGCAUGGUUAUAUACUCAAAGAUCUAUUCAAGGUUUAUCUAUUUAUGGAUCAUCGUUUCAGGCCCCAGACAAAUUUUGGAAUUUUGUAUCAAGGGUGUCCAAACUUUCUUUAGAAUAUAAUUCGAUAGAUGGGAACCUAUCAAACAUAUUGUUGAACUCUACAGUGGUAAAUUUGUCAUCAAAUGGUUUGAAAGGAUCCCUGCCUCGAUUAUCCUCGAAUGUAGCAAUUGUCAGGUUAUCAAACAAAUCAUUAUCAGGAAGUAUCUCUCAACUCUUGUGUGAUCAUAAGAUGCUGAAUGGGAAAAGCAAUUUGGUGUACUUGGAUAUAUCUCUGAAUCAUUUAUCUGGAGAUCUUACAAGUUGCUGGGAGAAAUGGAAAUCAUUGAUUCAUGUUAAUUUGGGAAGCAAUAAUUUAACAGGCAAAAUACCCAUAUCAAUGGGUGUGUUAUCUAAUCUUGCCUCGCUACAUCUGCAUGAGAAUAAGCUCUACGGAGAGAUUCCUCCAUCGCUACAAAAUUGCCAAAUACUGAUCUUCAAUGUUCGUGAAAAUAACUUUACAGGAAAUAUACCAAAUUGGAUACCGCAUGCUGCAAAGGCUCUCCAAUUAAGAUCCAAUCAUUUUAGCGGUAACAUCCCAGAACAAAUAUGCCAAAUGUCAUCCCUCUUUAUUUUGGAUAUUGCAGAUAACACAAUCUCUGGACGCGUACCCACCUGCCUAUGUAAUAUCACAGCCUUAGUUGUCAACAAUGCUUCCCACAGGGAGUAUUCAACAACCCUACAAUACAAUUUCUCAAAUAGAAGUUUUUACUUCUUUAAAGAAAGUCUUGAGCUGGUUGUAAAAGGCCUGGUAUUAGAAUAUGACAAUAACUUGAAAUUUAUGAACUUAAUUGAUAUGUCAAGUAACAAUUUAUCUGGAACAAUUCCUGUCCAAAUGUUUAGCCUCUUCGGAUUGUGUUCCCUGAACUUGUCGCACAAUAAAUUAACAGGAAAAAUACCUAACGAAAUUGGCAACAUGAAAAAUUUGGAAUCCCUUGAUUUCUCUGUGAAUCAGUUUUCCGGUGAAAUUCCCCAGGCCAUGUCCAAAUUGACCUUUCUCGGUUAUUUAAACCUGUCAUUCAACAAUCUCACAGGCAAUAUACCAUCAGGCACACAACUUCAGGGAUUUGAUGAACUCAGCUACACAGGCAAUUCUGAUCUUUGUGGACCUCCACUUACAAAAGUAUGCUUCAAGUUGUCAGAUGAUAAAUUUAAAGACAGAAAGCCAAUAAAUGAAGAUGGAGAUGAAUCUGAAUUUUUUCCAUGGUUUCAUAUUGGACUAAAAUCUGGAUUUGUGGCAGGCUUUUUGGGAGUUUUCUGUGUCAUUCUCUUAAAUAAAAAAUGGAGAGAAGCUUACGUCAAGUCUCUUAAUGACUUAAGAGACCGACUUUGUGUCCUGGUUGUCAACAAUAUAAACUCCUUCUGCUAA